GUUGGAUAGUCAGAGCUGAUCAGCAGAUCUGACGCAAGUCUGUCACGAUGAACUACUGCGCCUCGUCGCUUCUCCUGGGUUUACUCGUCAUCCCUGUAACUAGUGAUUUUCCUCCCGGUUCUUGUGAUGGAUACACCAACAUAACUGAACCAAGGCGCAACCGAGGCUUCACAUCUACUUCUUUCCCCGGCUUUCCUCUUGAUGAUAAUACCCUUCUUAACAAAUGGUGGCGCUUCGCAGGCAUUGGUGGAGACAGAGUUGUUCCUGAAUGUGUAUCAAACAAUCUUGGUGGCACGGCUUAUAUAAUUUAUAUUUCAUUUGCAUAUCCAACCGCUGAGUCUGUGACCCCAACAACAGGGACAGCAUAUAGUCGAGUUACUAACUGUUAUGGCAGAGCUUGGUCCGUGAGUGUGGCUCUGUGUCCUGGAGGAUUCUACGUGUACAAACCAGCAGGACACCCCUAUAGCUCUAUGGGUUACGUGACUUAUCAUUACGAGUGUAAACCAGACUCCUGUGGACCGCUUGCUGAGUGUUCAACUGCUGGAGGCUGCACAUGUGUAUCCGGGUAUGAAAUCCCCCCAACACACCUACCUACUCCAGAUUCAUAUGGUUGUGUUGACAUAGAUGAGUGUGAGAGGACUGCAGGAAUUUGUGGUCCUAACACCAUUUGUAAUAACACCAUUGGAGCGUUCUUCUGCACCUGUUUGGAUGGAUUCAAUGCAACAGAUCCAGCAUUACCACCUGGAAAGACCAACCCAUGCAUAGAUAUUGACGAGUGUCUUGACAAUGUCUGUGGUGAUGAUGGGACCUGUACCAACAAACCAGGAACUUAUGAGUGUUCAUGCAAUACAGGCUACCAACUUGUAACUGAAACCCCACAUUGCCAAGAUAUCGAUGAGUGCUUCAACUCAACCGUCUGUGGUCCUGACUCUGUUUGCACCAACACGCCUGGAGCUCACACCUGUGAAUGUCAGCUGGGGUUCACACCGACUGAACCGGACCAGGAUCCCAGCGAGACCAACAUCUGUAUCGAUGUUGAUGAGUGUGUCGAAGAUGCUACCGUCUGUGGUCCUGAUGCUAACUGCACCAACUCUAUUGGAUCUUACAUCUGCACCUGCUUCCCCGGUUAUCGGCUGAACAACCAAGAUGUGAUAGCCAGCGUCGCUAACCCGUGUACAGAUAUAGAUGAGUGCAGUGAGACGCCUGGUUUAUGUGGCAGACAAACUGUGUGCACCAACGCACCAGGGACCUUCUAUUGCUCUUGUCCUGAUGGUUUCUACCCUUCAACUGGAAUCUUGUGGGUGAUGGGCGUCUCGUUUUGUCAAAAUCUUGAAGAGCUUCUAGAUGCAAUAGAACCUCCAGAGGGUCAGACAAAAGAAAGAGCCUUUCUUAACAGUAUGGAUCAACAACUUCAGAAUAACACAGGUGUCAUCUUACCAGACGCGACGGUGGCAAACAGCUUUUCUGCAUCCAUGGAAGUGUCAGGUGUCGGACCACGUGGCAGUGCCCGCCCAACCAGGAUGAGUAGCGAAGGAGACGGAGAGACCGCCGGUGUGAUCCUGGACAUCUCAGACCGUCUAGUUUCUACGAUGUUGCCUCAGAGUCCGAACCAAACCAGAAAGGCUAUGCAGACUCCAACAGUGGAUUUGAGCCUACGUGCCAUCGGACCGGGGAGUUACGAUGACAGCAACGUCUCCCUUUCUGCCAAAGGACAGACCAUGGAGAUCAACUUGCAGGCUCUAGCUAGCGCCAACAAUGGUUCUGCAGCGGUUGCCUUCCUGACAUUGAACGGGAUGGAGAAUCUUCUUAGUCAUCAAUACUUUCAAACAGAGAACCAGACAGAGAUGUACUCUGAUGUUUUCACUGCCAUCGUACCGUCAAUAAACACCACCAACCUCACCGAGCCCGUCAACUUCACCAUCCAACAUAAGAAGAGAGUACCUGAAUCUGGAAUAGUGACGUGUGUGUACUGGGAAGACAAAAGCAAGAAGAAAGAAAAGGGCCAAGAGGAUGACGAAGGAAAAGAUGAUGAUAAGAAGAUGCAGUGGUCGGUAGAGGGCUGUUGGGUUGCAUACUCUGAUGAGAACUACACGGUGUGCAGCUGCUCCCACCUUUCUACCUUUGCCCUCAUCAUGCAGAUUGGGGAGCCUCCACCACAGAAUGAUUUCCUGGAGUGGCUGAACCGAAUGUGCGUGAUUGUCGGACUGUUCUUCUUCGCGUUGGCCAUCUUCACCUUCCUCCUGUGUAGCUGGAACCCCAAGAUCAACAACACAGCCCGUCUUCAUCUCUGCCUCUGCCUCUUCUUCUCCCAUCUGCUGCUGCUGUGGAACGACAAAUACGCUGAACAAGAGCUGGCCUGCACCGUCAUGGCGGGGCUCCUUCACUUCUUAGUCGUAGCGGGUUUUGUGUGGAUGCUGCUGGAGGCGCUACAGCUCCACCUGUUGGUGCGGAGACUCUCCAAGGUGCAGGUCAUCCAGAGAGACGGCCUCCCCAGGCCUGUCCUCUGCCUGAUUGGCUACGGCGUUCCAUUUGUGAUUGUGGGUAUUUCUGCACUGGUAUUUUCUGAUGGAUAUGGUGCUACUGAGGCCAAGGUGUGCUGGCUCUCUAGACAGCGCAAUUUCAACUGGGCUUUAACAGGCCCUGUGAUUGGUAUCCUUGCACUUAAUUGGAUAUUGUUCUGUGCUACUCUCUGGAGUCUGAGACCCACCCUGGUCAACAUGAAAAGUGGUGCUUCCCAAUCCAAAGACACCAGGUUGAUUGUGUUCAAGAUCGUGGCCCAGUUUGUCAUCCUGGGCUGUACCUGGAUUCUGGGUCUGUACCAGACCAACGUUUUCUUCCGGUUCCUCUUCAUAGUUUUUAACUCCCAGCAGGGCACCUUCCUCUUCAUCGUCCACUGCCUGCUCAACAAGGAGGUGCGAGAGGAAUACAUCAGAUGGCUCACAUGCUCUUGUGGAAAAGACAGAUCUGUGGUGAGUAUACCCGGAAAUACGCAGAAAGAUGCAGUUUCGGUCUCUGAGGAUUUGGACAAGCCUGAAGGACAGACAGAUGAGGGGAGAAAAGAUAGAUCCUGACAAAAUGAUCUGUAUGAUUUAUGUUUUUAUAAAUUCUAGUUUAAUGAAUGCAAAAAGGUAACAUAUAUUGGAUUUCAAUAUUUCAACAUGAAUGUCUACAUCUUGAAUGGAUCAUUGUCUGUCUCUUAGGGGUUUUAGCCGUUUUCAUUGUGAAAGGACAGGAAGUAAAAUGUUUAAAAGUGCUACUCUUUCUUACUAUCGUCAGGUUUAUUUAGUUGUGAAUGCAAUAAUUGCAUCAAUUAAUAUUAUUCUGCUUAAUACAUUUUAGAUGUAGCUGACGGAUUUUUAAUGUUUGCACAGUCAUGGUUUUAGAAAUCUGCAGUUUUGUUGUCAUUUCUAGCAUACAAGAGAUUAAUGUAACUCACUGUGGGUGUUUUUAUAAAACGAGGGCUGAAACACCGGGAGGACUUGUUGAACUUGUCACCAUCUCUCCACCUGAUUCAUUUGCUUCCACAAACACGUUACCGACCUCACCCUCAGUCUUAAAAAAACAAACUGUCUCCAGAGUAAAAACAGUCAUGUCCUAGUUGUUUCCUUCUCUCUCCAUUUGUGUUGUAUUUACAUGAGAGCUGGGACACUUCCAGGUGUGUCAGAAUUUACAAGACAAAUUCAAGUCAUAUUGUCUCAUUUACAUUGUGUGCACUUAAAAAAAUUAUAUUUACCUCACGCAUUGAUACAAAUUUUCAUACAGUAUAGUGGUCGCAGGAGCAUGUUAACCCCAUGAGACCCGCGAUCCCGACUGGCUUUACUGUCUUUCAGAGGCUCGAGUAGGUUCAAAAACCUACUAGAGGAAUCCAUUGGUCCCAACCAUGUCAUGCUAGCUUGUCGGGAAGGAGGCUAAAUAACGCUCCAAAGUUGGGAUAAAUUUUAGCGAGGAAAAACUGGCAUGGCCAUUUUCAAAGGGGUC